GGACUACGCCGGACGUGUAAAUAUCCCCAACGUACCUUCUUCUGUCCUGUGGUGAAAGCUACACAUUCGUCGGACAUGGAAGGCAAUGAACCCAGUACAAGCAGCCGAUCGACUCCUAGUCUGGUGCAGUACUGCCAACGUGCCUUGGCGUUGCAUAUUGAAGCUAUCACGGAUGUCGGCACUAUACCAUAUACCUUGAUAAAGCCCAUGUUGGAGACUGUGGACCCUGAGACUCUCGACAUAUUGGAGACGGCGUCACCUCAUUUAGUACAUGAUACAUCUGAACUAUGGAAACGCUUUUGCUUCCGUUUAUUUCCUACAGCGGCCGGGGAUGUUGAAAGAGAGAAUCCUUCUACCUCAGUCGACUGGAAGGAUCAUUAUCUUGACAUGCGUGCGCAACAAGCGCAAAGAUUAGAGGAAGUCGCCGCGAAACUACGGAACCAGCGGCAAGCCGCGGAGAAGCAAAAGAAAGAGGAUGCAAUCAAGGUGACUGAUCGACUUCCACCGGCGAAACGACCCAGAUGGGGAAUGCCUGCGCCGCAGAAAACUUUGUUUCAGAAGACUCGCGACGAAGUUCAAAGGCGGGCGCGAAGCACAUUUGGCUCCAAAUCGACUAUGCAAACCGCGCGCAUAGUGCCCAACAACGUCAAUGCCAAAGUUUCUCUGCUUCCUAAUCGGGCUCAAGCAUCUAGUGCUGGUGAACGGACAAACGCCACAUUUGUGACUGUAACUAAACGGCCGUGUAAACCCUCAAACCCCAAACCCGCGCAAUCCGCCCCAUCAACGCAACCCGCCUUUUCGACUCCGCCACAACCACCGCCUUCAAGCAUUUCACAGCAGACCGCGAAGCCAGUCGGUUCUCGUCCUAUCAAGAGCCUGCCUGCAGGCAAGAAAGAUCUAGCGUCGACUUUGUUUAUGCCCAAGAAUCGAGCAUAUUCACAGCUUAAUCGUACUAUAACCGGAGGUAACCGCUAACCUGGCCUCAUUCAAUCUACUGCUUUUCUACAUCCCAUUUUGCAUUGGUCAUCAUCAUCGUUGUCACAC